AUGACGAAUGAAGACCCCGAAGCCACAGAGCUGUCUGCUGCUCCCACUGCCCAACUUAUGAUAAGAUACUCUCCAGUUGACCUCAUCAAAUCACCCACUGAGACACUCAGAUCAUCAAACCCUAAGAUUUCUUUACCUGUCGAAAUCAUGCUGUCAAUUCUCGAAAUGGCUGUUGAACUGGAGCCUCGGAUGAUUCGUCUUGGGUGUCAUCACGACAAAUUCCUCAAAACCAUUAUCGUGAGCGACUGCCCUGCUCAGUUUCACGUUACCUUGAAAUUGAGAGAAUUGCUUCUAACCUCCAAAGUCCUGAUCUCAAAAUCAUUGAUACCUAGCGAAGAAGUGAUCCUCACGUAUAAACCAUACUUUCGGCUCCCAGAAUCAUGCUUCAGUGCUGAGAUUGACACUUUGCAUAUCAGCACACAACUUUACACCAUGCUCAGAACCGAAGUUCCCUGGAUGCAUAAUUUCAGACACAUGUUUGAACAUGUUAAACGUUUGUCUCUCGACCAUACUUCAACCGAUCAGAGUAUAUUCCUAAGUCGCUUACGCUUAGAUUUCCCAAAACUGGAACGGUAUUCCGUGCGAUUUGAAACCGGUCAAAACCCGACAGAUCAUGAUAUAGUUCGAUGGGUCGAGACUUACCGGAAGCUUGGGCGCAAGCUUAAUUAUACAAUGGUAGUUCAGCUCGAUUGGAGGAUGAGAACUAAUGGCGUUACACUAUACUAUGAGCACAAAAAGUUCCCUUUUGGGCACGUCUCUGCUGGUCGCUUAUCGUUUCUGAGAAGUGCGAGUCGUAUGUCACGGGAGUCGAUUCCUCCUGCUAUAUCGAAGAUCCGGCGCUUGUCAUGUCAGAGUGGUAUGGGUAUUGGGGUGCGAAAUUCCUGUUUCCAUGUCAAAGGGUGGGAUGGAUGGAUGAUAAUCUCUAGUGAGGAAUGA